UGGAGGUCGACGCUCGAUGACGAUCAACAUAAUGGCGAGAUAAACGUCCACAGCAUAUAGAUAGUUGCAUAGUGAUAGCAACACCACCGGUUCUUCAUUCUGAUAUUUUAGAUUACACAGCAGGCAUCCACACGAAGAUCAUGCGAAGACUUUUCCACCAGCCCAUCAGAUUCAGACGAGGGUGAAUGACCGGUUUUCGAUCGCUAUAACGUAUCUUCUUCUUGAUUAUCAAAUGAAAAGGAACUACAGCGACUAUCAUCGAUCAUGUGUCUCUUUUCUACUCAGGUUUCAUUUUCAAUGCUCGAUACCGUUCAAUUCAUGUUUGAAAUGCCAAGCUCGUUGUUAGUUGUGUGUUAGAUAGUGUAACUUGAAGACAAAAAUCAUUAUCGGUAAUCGUCCGUUACCGUUUCACCUUCAACCAUAGUCAGGAUAUCUAAUCUGUCUCACUUUGCCAAUUGUCUGCAGAACACUUCGUGAUCUACUUGCGCGUGAAUCUGAUCCCAGGCUCGUGGAUGAUGCAGUGACGCUGAGUCGACGAGAGAAACAUGUUUAGCGUUAGCCACAGAGAACGUGAAGGACAAAAGAAGGGAGAGAAAAGCAUUUUAGACAAGAGUAGCUAAAAAGGUAACGCACUUGCACACAAGUGAUUUUUCAUUUUUGUGACACGUCUACCUAGUUGACGUGGCAAAGAUCACAAUGACGUUGGAGAAUUCAAAUUGCAAAUUAUACGAACACAAAAAAAAAGAAGCAUGUUGGGGGCAAUCAGAUUAAACGACGGAGGCUCUUACCGUCGGUUUUUGCCAGGAGGAGGCCCUCUAUCAAAUGCGAACGCAGAAGCGAAUGCCGAGGACACUUCUUGGCGGAAUCCAGGUGUCCGACUGGUAUUCACUUCUGGCGGUAGUUCAUGUUCAUCGUCCCCUUCCACAGCUCGUCCGCGAGUACUACAGCAAUGUCGUCUUCUCGAUUCCACCAGAAGUGACCGUUACAUGAGGACAUGUUCAACAAGUACUAGACGAUGGAGAACCUUUUACACAUCAAGCAAGCCUCCUUCAUCGCCGCCAGUUUCCGACGAUGAACGUGGAAAGUCCUAG